AUGGAAGAGCUUUUCGACGUGUUCGAAGACAGCCCAUCUGCUGCACAGUCAGCGACAAGCCCAACAAACAAACCGUCCAAGAAAGAAAGACGACGAAAGCGACAAGCUGACCGUGAAUUGAAAGAUGCGGCCGACAUUGAGAUGACCAACGCCACUUCCAACAGUGAAACGUCCCCGGCUCCCGAUGUGAAUGGUACCGACGCCACAGAGGCCGACGAACCCGGUAACAAGCGCAUGCGGACAGAUGACGAGCCUGAGCCCGUGGUCACUGAUACUUUUGAGACCGAGCAAUCCAGAGAGGUCGAUGCCAUCGCCGGCCUUCAAGCCUCGAAGGACGAAGAAAAGAUUCUUCUGCACCAUCAAGUUCGACAUCAAGUUGCAUUACCCCCAGAUUAUGAUUACAUCCCUAUCAAUCAGCACAAGCCGCCCGCCGAACCCGCCCGAACCUGGAAGUUCCAGCUUGAUCCCUUCCAACAAGUUGCGAUUGCUUCCAUUGAAAGAAAUGAAAGUGUACUAGUCUCCGCACACACUAGCGCAGGCAAGACGGUGGUCGCCGAAUAUGCAAUUGCACAGUGCUUGAAAAACAACCAGCGAGUCAUCUACACCAGCCCCAUAAAGGCCUUGAGCAAUCAAAAGUACAGAGAAUUCCAGGCCGACUUCGGUGAUGUUGGUUUGAUGACGGGUGAUGUGACCAUAAACCCGACCGCCACCGUCCUGGUCAUGACGACUGAGAUUCUUCGGUCCAUGCUGUACCGAGGUUCGGAGAUCAUGCGAGAGGUUGGUUGGGUGGUUUUUGAUGAGAUUCACUAUCUCCGAGACAAAACCAGAGGUGUGGUAUGGGAAGAGACCAUCAUACUGCUGCCUGACAAGGUUCGCUAUGUGUUUUUGUCUGCAACGAUUCCCAACGCCAUGCAAUUCGCCGAGUGGAUUACCAAGAUUCAUAGCCAGCCUUGCCACGUGGUUUACACCGACUUCAGACCGACUCCCUUACAGCAUUACUUCUUCCCGGCAGGUGCAGAUGGCAUUCACCUGAUUGUGGAUGAAAAGGGUGUGUUCCGGGAGGAUAACUUCCAAAAGGCCAUGAGUUCAAUUGCCGACAAGCAAGGAGACGAUCCUUCAAACGCUAUGGCUCGUCGGAAAGGAAGGGGUAAAGACAAGCGCUUGAAUAAAGGAGGCACUAAGGGUCCCUCGGAUAUUUACAAGAUCGUCCGCAUGAUCAUGACCAAGAAUUACAAUCCAGUCAUCGUCUUCAGCUUUAGUAAACGUGAUUGCGAGGCUUAUGCAAUUCAAAUGAGCACCAUGUCCUUCAAUGAGGAUUCUGAAAAGGCCAUGGUGUCCAAGGUCUUUGAAAGUGCGUUGGAAAUGCUGUCCCCCGAUGACAAGAAUCUGCCUCAAAUCCAGCAUUUGCUCCCACUCCUGAGACGCGGUAUUGGCAUCCAUCAUUCAGGAUUACUUCCAAUUCUCAAGGAGACGAUCGAAAUCCUGUUUCAAGAAGGCUUGAUAAAGGUGUUGUUUGCAACUGAAACAUUCUCCAUUGGCCUGAACAUGCCUGCGAAGACUGUGGUAUUCACCAGUGUUCGUAAAUUCGACGGCUACUCCCAACGGUGGGUGACUCCAUCUGAGUUUAUCCAGAUGUCCGGACGGGCUGGCCGUCGCGGUCUCGACGAACGCGGAAUUGUUAUCAUGAUGAUCAACGAGCAGAUGGAUCCGAGCGUUGCAAAGGACAUUGUGCGUGGUGAACAGGAUAAAUUGAAUUCAGCGUUUUAUCUUGGCUACAACAUGAUCCUCAACCUGCUAAGAACUGAGGGUAUCUCACCCGAAUUCAUGCUGGAGAAAUGCUUUCAUCAGUUCCAGAACACUGCGAGCGUGAGUGGUUUGGAGAAAGAGCUGCAGCAGCUGGAGGCAGACAAAUCGGCCAUGGUCAUCGAGGACGAAAGUUCAAUUCGCGCGUACUACGACCUGAGGAAGCAGCUUGAUGUCUAUGCCGAAGACAUGCGCAAUGUCAUCAUCCAUCCAAACUACUCCUUGCCUUUUAUGCAACCCGGUCGAUUAGUGUACAUCAAGGAUGGGGAGCACGACUUUGGCUGGGGUGCUGUGAUCAAUUUCGCACGACGAACGACUGGAAAAUCAAAUGCGAAGGUAACACCGCAAGAAGAAUGGAUUCUUGACAUCGCUCUUGAGUGUGCCGAAGGUUCCACACCAACCACCAAAACAUUUCAGUCGCUUCCGGCCGGUAUUCGGCCCGCGCAACCUGGCGAGAACUCGAAAGUUGAGGUGGUCCCUGUCCUGCUUAAGUGCGUUCAGAAGAUCUCUCAUAUCCGCAUCUUUCCCCCUGCCGACAUGACGAUCUCGGAAGAGAAGAAGAAAGUCCAGAAAGCGUUGCAAGAAGUCCAGAGACGGUUUCCCGAUGGUCUCUCUGUCCUAGACCCAAUCGAGAAUAUGAAGAUUACGGACAAUUCCUUCAAAGAACUCCUUCGCAAGAUUGAGAUCAUGGAGUCAAGACUGGUUGCGAACCCUCUGCACAAUUCUCCACGACUGGAAGGGCUCUACAACCAAUACGCUGAGAAGGUGGCCAUGCAAAACAAAAUCCGAGCGUUGAAAAAGCAGAUUCAAGACGCUCAUGCGAUUAUGCAGCUUGAUGAGUUGAAAUGCCGCAAGCGUGUCCUCCGCCGGUUGCAGUUCAUCAACGAAGACGAAGUUGUCCAACUGAAAGCUCGUGUGGCUUGCGAGAUCAGCACAGGCGAUGAGUUGAUGCUUAGUGAGCUACUUUUCAACCGGUUCUUCAACGACAUGACUCCUGAGCUUUGUGCUGCAAUCAUGAGUUGUUUUGUCUUUGAGGAGAAGGUCAACGAACAGCCCGCAUUGACCGAGGAUCUUGCUAGGCCACUAAGAGAGAUCCAGAGACAAGCCAGACAGAUUGCCAAAGUAUCGAUCGAAUCCAAACUUGCGGUCAACGAGGAAGAAUACGUACAGAGCUUCAAGUGGCAGCUUAUGCCAGUGAUUUAUGCCUGGGCAAAAGGAAAGUCGUUUGGCGAAAUAUGCAAAAUGACCGACGUCUACGAAGGCAGCUUGAUCCGGGUCUUCCGCCGACUGGAAGAAGCCCUUCGUCAAAUGGCUGAGGCGUCUAAAGUCAUGGGUAGUGAAGAGUUGGAAAAGAAAUUCGAGGAGGCAUUGACCAAGGUAAGAAGAGAUAUUGUGGCCGCUCAGUCACUGUAUCUCUAG